CACUGCUGGCCAGCCCAGCUUCCCUCUCUUCUUCCUUCCCUUGACACUUUCUAGCUGUGUGAUAUUGGGCAAAUGACUUAACCUCUCUGUGGCUAUAAUAAUAUUCGUGUCAGAGGGAAGUUGGGAUAACCAUGUAGAACAACGAGAAAAAGCCGGGCACAUACAAAGGAAACCGAGCGCAGGACCAAGACGGAGCCAGAGCUUCUCCCCAAGCCUGCACCACGGGGGGCGCCCACCUGGAGCUGAGCCCUGGAGGAUGGGAGAAAUGAGGAGCCGGGAGGUGAGCUGACUGGCCCCGAGGCCACUGUGUGACCUUAGGCUGGUGCUGUCGAGGCCCCUGUCCUUCAACAAGACUGCUGGGUGCGCCCCCCAGGGGCAAGAGAGGAAGUCUGUCCCUCCGUCACCAGGGUGAGUCUCUUGCCUGGUCCUAGGCCAGGCCGUGGUACAGACUGGCGGUCAGGCUUGGAGCCUGGCACCAUGACACUGAUCUCUCACCCUCCCUGUUGGUCAGUCUUCCUGUCUGUAAAGUGGGGAUAGCAAACCUGCCCACCUCGAAGGGUUACGGGGAGAGCUGAGUCAAAUCAUGGAAGGAACGGCACAUAGUAAGUGCUCAGUGAACACCCUUGCUGUGUCCCCUUAGGCAACAAGUAUCGUUUAUGAAUCUUUAUCAGUGGACAGACUCUAUCCACAUCACUAAAAGCUUAGUCCAAAUUAACAACAAUCUGUUAUCCACAUACCCAGGAAUUUGGAUCUCUGAAGACAGAAUCCAACAUGGAGCUAGCUGCCAGCUGGGCUGGACUCCUGGUCCGGCCUCUUGACUCGGACACCCAGAGCUCAGGUUGCUUGAGCGCUGUCCUCAGUUCCUCUAGCUGUGCACUAACCCCAGAGGGCUGGGGCCAGAUGAAAGUAGUAGAUGAACUCUUAGGUUGAGGUUAGUUGCAGAGUAAGUGUUAAAAGGAGAUGGCAUUGUCCUCGUUAUGUCCAUGGGUCAAGUCUCUGCCUGGAAUGGUGGUGGGUAUCUAAAGGGUUAAUUGGGGGGGAGGCAGGGAGGUCUUGGGUUUGGGAUAAGGCAACUGUCCUACCAAGUGUGGCCACCAGAGGGCGCAGCUGGACCUGAGCUGCCUCUGGGCGUCAGUGACAGGGACCACCACGCCCUCCUGGGGCCAGAAGGGGGCUGGCUGGGAGUGGCCAGGACCUCCCCCAGCUCUCAGGAGUGGCCUGUCCUCCACUCCCCCUCCAGUCUGGCGGGUCAUUCAGUCCCACCCGGGUGACAUCCUCCUCACAGUCCCUGGGUGAGGUUGAGUGGGGGAUUCUGGGGAGGGGGCUGGCUGGGAGUGGCCAGGGCAGCUCCAUCCUUGGUGGCCCCACCCCCUCCCAAAGGCCUUUCAGUCCCUUCCCCAGGCCGCUCUUCCUAUGGCCUCUGACCCCCUCCUUCUCUCUACCCUGCUCAGCACGUCCCUUCCCCAAACCUUCAGGGAGAAGCAGGGAGCAGGCAGAGGGACAAUAGGCCACCAGAAAGACAGGGCCCUGCAGAGACAGACAGACACACACACAAAGACAUAAGGAGGGACGGAAGUGGGCAAUGGACUGAUACAGACAAAGACAGGGAGAGGCAGAGAGAGUCACAGAAAGUCAGAGACCGCAGGACCCAGGGAGAAGGGCCAGCCGAGGGACCGAGGACGAGGUCAGAGUGCGGAGCCCAGCAGGCAGCUGCAGGGGCCUCUGGCAGAGGAGAUGUAGUGGCCUGGGCCAGGCUGGCCGCCAGACAAGUGGUGCCUCGGCCGGGGGCAGGGGGCAUGGGACGCUCGGGCCUCCUGCUGCUGCUGCUGCUGCUGCUGCUGGCUGGGCCCGGGGUGGGGGUGGCCUGGAGGCCCCCAAAGGGCAAGUGUCCUCCACGCUGCUCCUGCUCCAAAGACAGCGCCCUGUGUGAGGGCUCCCAGGACCUGCCAGAGAGCUUCUCCCCGACGCUGCUGUCACUCUCACUCGUGAGGACUGGAGUCACCCAGCUGAAGGCCGGCAGCUUCCUGAGGGUGCCGUCCCUGCACCUGCUCCUCUUCACGUCCAACUCCUUCUCUGUGAUCGAGGAUGACGCAUUUGCAGGGUUGUCCCACCUGCAGUACCUCUUCAUUGAGGACAAUGAGAUCGGCUCCAUCUCCAAGAACGCGCUCCGCGGACUCCGCUCGCUCACACACCUAAGCCUGGCCAACAAUCACCUCGAGGUCCUGCCCAGAUUCCUGUUCCGGGGCCUGGAAACCCUGACUCAUGUGGACCUCCGUGGGAACCCGUUCCAGUGCGACUGCCGCAUCCUUUGGCUGCUUCAGUGGAUGCCGACCGUGAACGCCAGCGUGGGGACGGGGACCUGUGCAGGCCCCGCUGCCCUGACUCACAUGCAGCUCCGCCACCUCGACCCAAAGACCUUCAAGUGCAGAGCCAUAGAGCUGUCCUGGUUCCAGAUGGUGGGGGAGUCGGCGCUGGGCGUGGAGUCCUUCUCCUACCAGGGGGAGCCCCACAUCAUCCUGGCCCAGCCCUUCGCUGGCCGCUGCCUGAUCCUCUCCUGGGACUAUGGCCUGCAGCGCUUCCGGACGGAGGAUGAGCUGCCGGCGCCCUCCGUGGUGUCCUGCAAGCCCCUGGUGCUGGGCCCGCGCCUCUUCGUGCUGGCUGCCCGACUGUGGGGAGGAUCCCAGCUGUGGGCACGGCCGGGCCCCGACCUGCGCCUGGCCCCGAUGCAGGCACUGGCCCCCCGGCGGCUGCUGAGGCCCAAUGACGCGGAGCUGCUCUGGCUGGACGGGCAGCCCUGCUUCGUGGUGGCCGAUGCCUCCAAAGCGGGCAGCACCACACUGCUGUGUCGGGACGGGCCCGGCUUCUACCCACGCCAGAGCCUGCACGCCUGGCACCGGGACACGGACGCCGAGGCCCUGGAGCUAGACGGCCGGCCCCAUCUGCUGCUGGCCUCGGCCUCACAGAGGCCGGUGCUCUUCCACUGGUUCGGUGGCCGCUUCGAGAGGCGCACGGACAUCCCAGAGGCUGAGGAUGUCUAUGCCACACGUCACUUCCAGGCUGGGGGGGAUGUGUUCCUGUGCCUGACACGAUACAUCGGGGACUCUAUGGUCAUGCGCUGGGACGGCUCCAUGUUUCGCCUGCUGCACCAGCUCCCUUCCCGGGGCGCCCACGUCUUCCAGCCUCUGCUCAUCGCCAGGGACCAGCUGGCCAUCCUAGGCAGCGACUUUGCCUUCAGCCAGGUGCUUCGCUUUGAUCCCGACAAGGGGCUCCUGGAGCCACUGCAGGAGCUGGGGCCUCCUGCCUUGGUGGCCCCCCGCGCCUUUGCCCACGUCACCUUAGCGGGCAGACGCUUCCUAUUCGCGGCUUGCUUCAAGGGCCCCACGCAGAUCUACCAGCAUCAUGAGCUGGACCUGAGUGCCUGAGACUGGGCAGGACUCUAGACAUGGCCGAGGGCUGGCGUGGGGAGCCUUGGGCAUCUGGAUGACCCGUUAGCUGGCCUUCCGGCCCCACUUGGGGUAAUGACCAAACCUGUGAGAUGCUGACCACAGGCCAAGUUCAUCAGCUCCAGGUCCAAGCCCUAGCCCACCUCUUGGAGGAACUGCCACUGGGAGACAUGGAAGUCCCAGCCUGAACUGCCCUCCCAGUUGGAAGCAAUAUCUGGCGGGAGAGAGAUGCCCCGCUCUUGGUGACUUGGAAGCUCGGGCUGGGGCACUGCUUGGAGCCCAAACACCGAAGUCAAGGGGGGAUGCGCAGAGCCCCGAGAGGUCUGGAAGUUCUCCCUCAACGACUCCCACCCAAUCUGCUCCAAAGACAGAAUUCCUUUCCCUUCCAAAUUCAAUCCUGCCAAUCGCUUUCAUGGAGUCCUGCCCGGCCCCGUGACGUCACAGUUGCUGGGCAGUUUUUCCUGCCAGAUCCGUUCCUUCUCUCAGCUGCUUAGGCGCACGACUGCUACCAGUGGCGGUGACCUCGCGUUUCGUUCCUCUUGCGCGUGCGCGCGCAGGCGGGGGCGGUGUGGGGAGGGGGAGAAGUUGGGAUUGGAGAGGUGCACUUGAAGCGCGGGUACCCCUCCCCGAAGGGCGACAGGGGAAAGGACAGAAGGACAAACGAAAUGUGUCCUCUGG